ACGAAGAGGAAGGGAAAAGAAGCAGUCCGCCUCCGCGCUCAAAACAAAAAUCCAGCUCUGCCCCUUAACUUCAAUAGAUCUCAGCCCUUUCUCUUUUCCCAGUAUGUGAUUUUCCUUUUCCAAAAAGAAAAAAAUUAUUUUGUCAACUAAUCAAAUGGCUUCGAUCCGUCGGACUCUUUCGCCGGCAUAUCAUGACCGUUCGUAUCAGAAUGGCGCCGGGUUCUCCUCUCCCUCUAACAAGUUUUUACCCAACGGUAGCAGUAAACAUUUCUCCUCUUCGCAUUUACCCUUUUUAUUCAACGCCGUAAAUAUAGUGUACCGCAAAGGGUGGCGGCGGUCUUUCUGCAGGUGUCUCUUCUUUUUUGUAAUAGGGUUUGUCUUCGGAAUUGCUCCGUUCGGAUACUCCGAUACCGAUGUCCGAGCCAAGGAUUUUACUUUCCCCGAACUCAAACCGCCACAUGCCAACCUCCGAUUCGACGAUCAGAUUGUUACUUCUGUUUCAUUGAGCGUUAAUACGAAAUUGUUGGAACCGAAGGAAUCGACCGAUAUAAUCGAGCCGUUAAAGCAGUUAAUCGUUGUCACGCCGACUUAUAAUCGGGGAUUUCAAGCGUAUUUCUUGAACAGGUUAGGGCAAGUUUUGAGGUUAGUGAAGCCGCCGUUGGUUUGGAUUGUGGUGGAGGAGAAAGCGGCGUCGCAUGAGACGGCCGAGAUUUUGAGGAAAACCGGGGUUAUGUAUCGGCACGUGUUAUGUGCGUUCAACUCUAGCAGCGUGAAGGAUCCAAGGGUUCAUCAAAGAAACGCCGCUUUGGAACAUAUCGAACGGCAUAAGCUCGACGGGAUCGUGUUUUUCGCCGACGACGACAAUGUCUACACGCUCGAGUUGUUUGAAAGCUUGAGAACUAUCAGCCGUUUCGGAACUUGGCCUGUUGCCAUGCUUGCACAAAGCAAAAACAAGGCAAUUCUGGAAGGUCCAGUAUGCAAUGCAAGUCAAGUAAUUGGAUGGCACACUAAUGAUAAAAGUAAAAGACUCCGUAGGUUUUAUGCUGAUAUGUCAGGAUUUGCUUUCAACAGCUCUAUAUUGUGGGAUUCAAAAAGAUGGGCGCGCCCCUUCUCAAACCCAAUUCGACAGUUAGACACAGUGAAGGAGGGUUUCCAAGAAAGCACAUUUAUAGAGCAAGUGGUGGAAGAUGAAAGUCAAAUGGAAGGUAUACCACAUGGUUGUUCAAGGAUUAUGAACUGGCAUCUCCAUUUAGAUACAGACAAUCUUUUUAUCCCAAAGGCUGGUUACUAGAGAAGAAUCUAGAGGUUAUUUUGCCUAUUAAGUGAUGGAAGCUCAUCUCUACAGUUCUUUUUAUGCGGAGGGCUUAAUUGGUUCUGCCCAUAGUUUCUGCUGGUGGCACAGUAGUUCAAACUUAUCUGACCAGAUUUGCCAUCAUCGUCAUCUUCAUAUCGUAGCGUAUGCCGAUAUUCAUGUGACAUUGGCAAAGAAACUAAAGGUUUGCAGUAUUCUUUCUAGAGUUUGAGUAUGAAUAUUCUUCGGAACAAAUUUUGUUCAUGUAGAGUUCUGGUGUUUUGGGGGUUUAAUUUGGUAUUUUUCAGGAGCAGUUUACAUACACCACAAAAGGUGGGGUUUGUUGUGGAUCCAUUGUUUAUAUACCCUGUACUUAAGCAUCGUUGUAUGGCGAUAUCAUACUUGUCUGAAGGCAGCAUUUUCCUUUAACCUCAUCCUUGUAGGCUCAUGAUUUCUCUUGUGUUGUUUUGAAGGUAUUGUUUUCAGAAUUGGGAUGCUUGAACAGGUUACAUGUUGAGAAUUCAUUCAAUUAUUUCAAUAUA